UAGAAUCCCUGGCAGCAACAUUUUGCUGAUGCCGAAGUACGAAAAAUCAUUCGGCAAGACGUUGAGCGAACGUUUCCAGACGUCGAAUUCUUCAGAGACGAUGCUGUCCAAAAUCAAAUGACAGAUGUAUUAUUCAUUUAUUGCAAACUGAACGCUGAUGUGUCCUACCGACAAGGCAUGCACGAAUUGCUUGCUCCUAUAUUCCUAGUUUUGAAUACAGAAGGAGUUGACAUAGGCGACGGAUCAUUAGUUGGCCCUGCGGACUCCAGUACAAAGCUUAUGGCACAAGUUCUAGAUAAAAAGUUCUUAGAGCACGAUUCUUAUGCACUUUUUGACCGACUGAUGUCCGGUGCCAAGAAGUGGUACGAAUUCAACGACGAAGUGUCGACUAGACUAACACCGGCCAAGAAGAAAGAACUAGAUCUUAUUGACCCAAUGGGCCUUGGAGGCACUGAGAAGACCGUUCCGGCUGCUCAGCUCACUCCGAUAGUGAAGAGCUGUCGUCGUAUUCAGCACCAGCUGCUAAGAAGUACCGACCCUGCGCUGUAUCAACAUUUGGAAUCACUGGGCAUAGAACCUCAGUUAUAUGGCAUUCGCUGGAUAAGAUUAUUAUUUGGCAGAGAGUUCUCUAUCGAAAAUGUGUUGGAGUUGUGGGACGCAAUAUUUGCUGAAGAUCCGUCAUUGAACAUUGUGGAAUACAUUUGCCUUGUACUUUUGAUUCGCAUACGAGAUAAGAUGAUGGAUGGAGAAUACGCCGAGUGCUUAACACUGCUCAUGCGGUACCCGCCCAUCAAAGAACCUGUCACUUGCGUGGAACAAGCCAAAUACCUGCGCCAGAAUUUGACUGAGGAGGCGUGCCUUCAGAUUUUGCGCCAAAACGACGUCAAGGCGGGAAAGCCUCCAAGGGAAAGCAUUGGUCUUGAGCGACCAAAUGAUCCACGACAGAGGCGUGCAAACCAGGCGGGUCGUAGUGGACCGCCUUCGGAAGGUAUCUCGAAGUUGACAAAGGAUAUGAUGCAGAAUCCCCAAAUUAGAGAGAUCAACCGUGCUCUUGUAGGGGUUAUGGGAGCUGUUCAGAAAAACAUGAAUACGUUCGGCGAAAAUGUUUUGGGAAGAUCUGGCCCCGAUAUGAAUAAUGCUGCUGCCAGGCCAGUCAUUCCAACAAGAUCAAACUUCCCUGACGCUGUGGAUCGUUUGACCGACGCACCUCAAUAUAACCCAUACCAAACAUCCAAUCAACCGACUCCCCAGCCGCCUAAACCCACUCCUGCAAAGCCUCCCAUGGCGCACCGAGUCAACAAACCCCUUCCUAGCAACACUCAAUACAAUGACUUGGUUGAUAAUUUGCACGAAGUUAACUCAGAAAUGGGUCAGUUAUUGGCGAAAUGCGUCAAUGUGCUUGAACGAGAACUAUUCCCAGAUAUUGAUGACGAGGAGAAAGCUGGCGAAGGUGAAUCACAAGAAGGUCAGAAACAGCCUAGUGGGGCCAUUAGGGAAGAAGCAUCGGUUAUUAUGGCUUUGGUGGGGAUUAAGCACGUUCGCGACGUCCUACUUGGCAAGCAAAGAGAGUUGGAUCUUUCGGUUGCCAACCAGAUUGCGCAAAUGAAUAUCAAUCAGUCAAGUCAUAGCGAGGUUGAAGAAGCGCCACCAUCUAACACGGCUGAUGCUACUAGCGAAGAAGUCGUCAAACAGAUGGACACGGAACAAAUCAAGGGCGAACCCAAACAGCCAUCAUCCGCUCAACCUGUGGUUAAAUCUGAGCCGCCUGUCAGCAAACAGCCGCCGCCCUUCAAGGCGCUCAGCUCCACGUAUGUCUCCCCCAACCCUCUUCCUCCCAAACCCAAUGUUUCCUACAACAUUGAGGACCUCCUCUCCGACACGUUGAAAGACGGAGGAUCAUCGACGCGGGUUAACAACAAGGAUAAAUUUAGUUGGAUGAUGGAAUCCAGUCCAGCAGGCAAAAAGCUUGGUUCGAGUAGUUCUUUAUUCUCCUCCUCAGCAUCUCGAUCGGCGGCCAAGCGCUCAGGCAAUCGAUCGCCAGCAGCCACAAGUGCUGUGUCUGUUGAUCCUUUGGAUGCGCGGCACGCAGAUAGACGGAAGGUUUAUGAUGAAUAAAAUGGGAGCAUUAUUAU